AUAUAUUCUCUCCCCAGACAAAACAACCUUAUCCUCCUCGCGCAUCCUCGUCCUUUUCGCUGCUAGCUACUCAAAAGCUUGUUUGAUCAUCAAAGAGACUGAAGAUCGCAUUAAUUCUUGGAAGAUUUGAGAUUUUAUUUGUGGGGAUUAUAUGGGGUUGAGUACUAAGCAGGUUUCCGGCGGGGAUCAUCAACCUGGGAUUAUUGAGUGGGAUAAUAAUCCCCAGACAGGCGGGAGUACGAGGUUGGAUCUCCCGGCGGCCGUACAGCCGCCGCAAAAGGCGGCGGAGCCUUUGAAGUGUCCGAGGUGUGCUUCGGCGAAUACCAAGUUCUGUUACUACAACAACUAUAACAAGUCCCAGCCUCGACAUUUCUGUAAAGGCUGCAAGCGCCACUGGACGGAAGGGGGCACCUUGCGUAAUGUCCCCGUCGGCGGCAGCCGGAAAAACAAGCGCCUCAAGACGCCGCCCAACCCUACCGCCGCCGCCGCCACGGCUGAUCAAAAACCCGGCGAACAGAAAAACAAGAACGCGCCCACUAUCUUCUUCCCCGCCGACCCAGUAAUCGGCGCCGCCGCCGCCACGGCGGCGUUCAACAUUGGCCCGUCGUCGACGCCGAUGGUUUUACACGACGAUCAAGACACCACCGCGAAACUCUUACCCUUUUCGUUCUCCACUUACUUCGAUCCGAUUUCUUGCUCCAUUCCUUCGUUCAACACCCAAUCCUCGUCCUACAGCGACAUCAUCGGAGAGCUCGAUAAUGUCGAGGAAUCAACCAUCACCACCGUGAUGCCAUUCACAAGCUCCACCAUUAUUUCUCAUCAGCCAUGGCAGCAAGAUCAAGCCAUCACGGACAUGGGAAUAAACUACUGGAGCUUAAGCGAUAUUGAUUCCCUGGUUUCAGCUGAUCUCAAUAUCCCAUGGGAUGAUUUAGAGAUCAAGCCAAAGGGAAAGUGAUCGAUGAGAAAAUUUUCUCCUUUUUUUUUUUUUUUUUUUUUUUUUUUCUUUUUCUUUUUGGGUUAUAAUUAUAUAUAUAUAAUUAUUAUUAAUUGUUUAUAGAUGAUGGGUUUGUAAUUUUGUUUGAAGGAAAUGAUGUUUACACUGUACUUGGGAAAGAGAAUUGUGGGUUGUUUAAGGCCUUUGAUAGUGCUGCUUACCUAAAAUUCUAAUCUUUAUUUUGGAUGACAAAA